AUGCCGCCCCUCUCUGCCAGGGCCAAUCGAGAGCUUGGCUUGGGACGAGAGACGCGGGUGCCAGGGAGAUUGAGGGGUCGGGGGGUGCAUUUCCAGGAUGGGGGGGCCGAGCGGUCGACGUCGCCUGGCGGGAGCGGCGACGCUCUCGCCCACCGCUUCGGUCUUGUUUCCCUGCAGGACAAGGCAACGCUCCUGUCGACUCUAACCACUCGCAGCAUCGUCGAUGGGGGGAGGAAGGAGAUCCCGAGUUCAGCCGGAGGACGUGAUGGAGCGGAGCCGGGGGGGCGAGAGCGGGAGGGCACGAAAACAGAAGGACUGCGUGAAGAAGUCCCAUUUGCGUGCGCCACCUUGCUUGCCUCCCGCGAGGACAUUGAUCGCGCGAUGAGGGAUUUAGAUCCCCCGGAAGUGGCACCGGACUUGCCACAGUGCUAUGCGAGCGACUUGCGCGUGCCCAAAACGUAUAGGGAGGCUGUGUCCUCUCAACAUGCUGACUUGUGGAUACACUCUGUAGAGAAGGAGUUCAGAGGCCUGAUGGAGGCUGAUUGUGGAGCGACGUAUGCACCGACUGUAGUGGUUUCUAGCGUUCGCUUGUUGGCAGCGAUGGCGUGUGAGCAAAAUCUUUUUCUCCUUCAUUUUGACAUCAAGCAAGCAUUUGUCCAGUCGGAUUUGGAUAAGGAUGUAUUCAUGCGUCUGCCAGAGGGGUGUGGUAGAUUGUCAGGGACUUUGAAGAUCUCGCAGCAGACGUACGCUGAAGAGUUGGGGAUGGAGUUUGGGGUAGAGUACGGGAAGGAAAUUCCUCUUCCUGUAGGGUUGAAGCUUUCAGAGUUUGACGAGGAUGCGGAAGUGGAAAUUCCUCGUCCUGUAGGGUUGAAGCUUUCAGAUUUUGACCAGGAUGAGGAAGUGGUAUCAUGGCCUUUUCGUGAGCUGAUAGGAUCAUUGAUGUGGCUGGCAACGCAAACGAGGCCAGAUAUCGCGAAUGCAGUAAGAGCGGUAGCACGGUACUGUGCCUCUCCCAAAGAAAUUCAUUGGAGAGCAGGGCUUGGUAUUUUGGGGGGGGUUGGUGAUGUGUGUGGGGGGGUGUAUUCUUGGUUUUCAAGGACCCAGAAGUGCGUCACGUUGAGCAUGACAGAGGCGGAGUAUGUCUCUCUUGCGGAUGUGAUGAAGGAAGUGUUGUUCCUGAGGCAGGUGUGGCGUUUCAUGUUACCAGAAGCAGGCAUGCCAUGUAUUCCGGUGUUCGAGGAUAACCAAGGGGCUAUUCAGUUGGCGCAAAACCCGAUAAGCAACAGAAACUCGAAGCACAUCNACGUUGAGCAUGACAGAGGCGGAGUGUGGCGUUUCAUGUUACCAGAAGCAGGCAUGCCGUGUAUUCCGGUGUUUGAGGAUAACGAGGGGGCUAUUCAGUUGGCGCAAAACCCGAUUAGCAACAGUAACUCGAAGCACAUCGACGUAAGGCACCACUUUAUCAGGGAACUGGUUGGCAGGAAGGAGAUAUCGAUUUUUCACGUGGAAUCGGCGAAUCAACAUGCUGACUUUCUGACGAAAGCACUUCACGCGGGAGAUUUUGAGUUUCAUCGUAACUACGUGAUGAUAAUACAUCACCAAAAUAGUCUCACCCGAUAA